CCAAGCGCGCAGGCGCCGUGCGGCCAAGGCGAUCAUGCGGUCCGUGGACAAAAGACUCCGGAGGAUCGGCGGCGGGUAGGAGCGGGGAUCCGGGCGCGGGAUCAGUCAGCACCGAGGCCCCGGCCUGAGGAGCGGCCCCCGGCUGCGGGGAGAAUCGGUGCGGUCCCCGGCGGCGUGAGCGCAUCGAAUGCACGGUGACGGAUGUUCUGAAGGAGGGUCUCGACCCGAAACGUCGCCAAUUCCUUCGCCCAAUAAAAUGCACCUCCAGCAUGUUGUGUCUACCGUCGAUUUUACCGGCAUCUGCAGUUCUUUCUUAAACGGUGACGGAUAGACCGGUUUCUCGCUCCCGGGGGCUUGUGGGCAAAGAGGCGGCCAUUGCUUCAUUGCCGAACCGCAGAGCGUUUUUUGGAGCGCAAAGCUGGAUCUCCCUGCUCACUGGAGACUGGUCAGUAGAUGUAAGUCAGUAGAUGUAAGAAAAUGCACAAAGCGUUGGAGUAAUGCAGCCGGUCGGACGACCCUGGCGGCGUGAAUUCAUCGAAUGCACGGAUUGACCGGUGAGAGGAAGGGUCCGACCCGAACAAUCACCUAUUCAUGUUCUCCAGGGAUGCUGCCUGACCCGUUGCGUAAAUCCUGCACUUGGUGACUUUGUUUGGUAAACAAGCAUCUGCCGUUCUUUGUUCUCCCUAAAGACUCCGGAGGGUCGGCGGAUAAGACAUGCAGAGUAUUUGUGAACCAAAAUCUCAAGUUUGUUCAGCUGAACAGCACCUCAACGCGUGGGAGGGAUUGAUUGUGUCAGCUGAGCCGACGAGGGCCAGCAUGGAGAAAUUGUUCACCACGUCUGAGGCAGGGCAGGGAUUCAGCCAAUCUUCCCACCUGGUGACUCUCCACCAAGAUCACGCUGUGAGUAAACCAUUUGCCUGUCCAGAUUGUGGGAAGGGAUUCACUCAAUCCUGGCACCUGAAGAGACACCAGCGGCUUCACACUGGAGAGAGACCAUUCACCUGCUCGGAGUGCGGGAAGGGAUUCACUAAUUCAUCUGCAUUGUUGAGACACCAGAUGAUCCACACAGGUGAUAGGCCGUACACCUGCCCUGUGUGUAACAAGGGAUUCCUUCAUUCGGUGGCAUUAGUGAACCACCAGAGAAUUCACACUGGGGAGAGGCCAUUCGCCUGUUCUGAUUGUGGGAAAGGAUUCGCUCAAUCAACUGCAUUAAUGGCACACCAGAAGAUUCACACCGGCGAGAGGCCAUUCACUUGUUCUGUGUGCGGGAAGGGAUUCAUUCAAACAAGUAACCUGAAGAGGCACCUGCUACUUCACACUGGGGAGAGGCCAUUCACCUGUUCUCAGUGUGGGAAGGGAUUUACUCAUUCAUCUGCGUUGUUAAGACACCAGAUGGUUCACACCGGAGAGAGGCCACACACCUGCUCUGUGUGUAGCAAGCGAUUCUUUCAUUCAGUUGCAUUAGCGAACCACCAGAGAACUCACACUGGAGAGAGGCCAUUCACCUGCUCUUAUUGUGGCAAGCGAUUCACUCAGUCGACCAGCAUGAUAACACAUCAGAGAAUUCACACCGGAGAGAAGCCGUUCACCUGCUCUGAGUGUGGGAAAGGAUUUGGACGAUCUUACACCCUGAAGACCCACCAGCGAGUUCACGCUGUGGAGCAACCAUUUGCUUCUCCCAACUGUGGAUAGCGUUUCACUGAUGAAUGUAAACUGGUGAAACACCAGAUAUUUAACAAUGGAGCCAUGGCAUUCACUUGUUUCGUGUGUGCGAAGGGUUCCACUUGAUUAUUUGAGAUAUUGACAAACCAACUCGUUUACAUGGUGAGAGUGGGGGAGGUGGGUAGUCAUAGAACGAUACAGAGUGGAAACAUGCCCUUAACCUGACUCGCCCUCACCAGCCAACAUGUCCCAGCUACAUUAGUCCCACCUGCCUGCGUUUGGUCCAUAUCCCUCCCAACCUGUCCUAUCCAUGUAUCUGUCUAACAGUUUCUGAUUACGUUGGGAUAGUCCCAGCCUCAACUACCUCCUCUGGCAGCUUGUUCCAUACACCCACCACCCUUUGUGUGAAUAAGUUAUCCCUCAGAUUCCUAUUAAACAUUUUCCCCUUCACCUAAACCGAUAUCCUCUGGUCCUCGAUUCACCUAAACCGGGCAAGAGACUCUGUACUUUUACCCAAUCUAUUCCUCUCAUGAUUUUAUACAUGGAGGGGCAGUAAAAAUACGUUUCUGGUUUGGUGUUUAACCUUCGUAGUUUCUGAAUCCAGCUGUAAGUCCACAGAGUGUUCGACUCUGAAGUUACUGCCAAUAUUCAUCACAUCCAGGACCAAAUCUUGGUCACCGGGCACAUUUUGGGCAUGUUCUGCUGUUGUUAGUAAUUCAUUUAACUGCUGUGAUUUAAUAUCUUGGAUCUGUGACAAAUAAAUGAGUUAUGUUGUGAAA